CGGUGACGACUAUGUUCCAAGGCCUCGCUCAUCGCAUCGGUACCAUGCUGACGCCACGGUGGAUGACCGAGGCGUUCUGGCGAAGCAAGCUGCCAGAGUGGGUUUACGAAACCAACAGCACCCUGCGCAUCCUGCAGAUUAAAGAAUGGUGCUCCAGCCUGCUGCCCUCGAUCGUGCGCCAGGGACGUGCGCUGGACCGGCACACCAGCGGGGACAUCCAGGAAUCGCUCAACUACCUCGUGCUCAUCCUGAAGGGCAUCUCCAUUUACUCGGUACAGUACGGAGUGCUGUUUUUUCUGCUGUUCUUCUUUCCCCUGGGUCACCUCCCGAUGGUGAUCGGCUCCUGGCUCGGAACCAUCAUGUCCAUCGAAAGUGGUCACGGCCUGAUUGCCGGGUACAUACUUUCCCCUUCCCUUUCCACGCUCGGGCUCUUCGCACUGGUGUCCAACUUUCUUCGCGUCGAGCGCAUCGGGCAAAUCAUUGAGCACCAAGACGAGACGAGGCGCGAGGCGCAUAACGCGGUGGUGGCCUCGGUGCAGGCGGGCGAAUCGGCCUUCAUCAGCGAGCUGAUGGAUUUCCUUACGGCCGCGAAAGAUCUUGUCGCGGACGCGCGGCAAAGCGGCAUUACGCUUCGGUUGCCGAUACACGCUCACAGAUUUCCCAACCUGCUGCACUUUUUUCAUACUACCAUGACCGGCGGCAGCUGGGCGAAGCGUUACUUCCUUCCCGAAACCAACGAAACUUUCUCGACGUUGCCUGUGUUUGAUCGCGGGGACCAGCAGGCGGGCAAGGGCAAGGAGACGAGUGCAGGAGUGCCAGAACAACACGCCGAUGCUGGGUCAGAUGCUGGAAAGGCAGGCGCCGGCGGCGUGGGUGCACAGUACACGGUCAACACGAUGCCGUCCCUUUCCUGGGUCUGGUCUGCCCGUAUAGUAUCGUGAGGAAAAAUCUCCCCUCCCCAUAUUGAAAGCGCAUCCAUCUGAAAAUGUGUGAUGCAGAUUGUGACCACAAAUCGCGUUUGUCUUGCAAGAAGGCAAGGCCAGGCUGCCCGGCACGUUAUGCAGGCGAUUUGUAAUGUUGUAGGGCCUACGGGGCAGCCGUCUACCAUGUUAGGCGCCUGCGCCACGAGGCCCCCUCCUAGGCUUGGGAGCUGCGUGCAGUGCUCUAUUGCAGCACAAAUUUGAUUUGUGUACUGAAAUACAGCAUCAGAAAUUUCGUUUUCGAUAUGGGGAGGGGGCUUUCUUCACUUUGAUAUACAGCGUCGUCCCUUUCCAACCCUGCACAAAACACGUUGCGAGCGAAGCAGGAGUUCCAGCAGCUUUCAGACCCGGGGAAACUAUGGAUGGCAAAUAUGUCUGGGUCUGGAAACUUGUGAUGCACGGAAGGGAAUAUGUUGGCUACGCUGUAAUGCGCUGCCAAGCAUGACAAGUUUUUCCCUGGUUCAGAGUUGCGUACCCCGCAUGAGAAACUGCGUUUUUGCAUGCGAGAGGAGCCCUGCGCGGCCACGCAAUACAGAGUUUAGAGUCAUGCCAGACUAGCAUGACAAAUCUCGCAAUCUCCCAGGCCCAGACAUAUUUGCAUUGGAUACAAAGAGUUUGUCCACAAGGCGUUAAAGAAGUAUCGCUCGCACUUGGAGUAUAUGCCUUGCAAACAUGUCUGGGUCUGGAAAGUUGUGAUGCUAGCUUGCGAAUCGUAAGCAACCUCCAAUAUGGGGACGCGCAUGACAAGUUUCCGAGCGACUAGGUCUUGCGUAAACUGCAUGAGCGGCUGCGUUUUGCGUUAAGUACAUUAAAACAGCCCGGUAGCGCAACAGCGUGGUAGCGCAACAUGCAUGACAGAUCUUUUAUUUUCUCCUUUCAGCAGAGCAUGACAAGUCAAUCUCCCGGACCCAGACAUACUUGCAAUGGAUAGAGUACGAGGCCGCCGAAAAUGCGGAGAACUGGUUGCCCCACCCGCUGCUGCGGAAGCACGUGUACCUCAGCUUGCUGCCCCUUCACGACUACCGCAACACCAGCCUUAUCAACUGUAAAAAUGUCUGGGUCUGGAAGAAUCCAAAUUGUCAUGCUGAUUUUGGAUUCUAAAAAAAUCUGUAUUGCAUGAGCAGGAAAGAGACUCCAAGUUUCGCUACACGGAAAGAGCAUUUGUCAUGCGGUAUAGGCAUCAGGAAGCCCUCACAAAAUCUGUGAUGCUAGGGCAUGCAUCACAGACAUCAGGAGUCAUGCAAAAUGUGCAUGACAACCCUGGCAAUCUUCCAGACCCAGACAUUUUUACAUUUGAUAACCCUGCAACUGCCCCAAUUUGUGCGGACCCUCGAGGCCCGCAUCGUGGACCUGAUGCACUAUUGAGAGGAAAAAUCCCCCCUCCCCAUAUCGAAAAGGUAUGUUUCCGAAAAUUUGUAUUGCUGAUUUGAGACCACAAAUCACGUCUGUCUUGCAAGAAGACAACUCCGAAGGCUCUGCCGCAUUAUGCAGGCGGUUUGUGAUGCUGUUGGGCCUACAGCAUAGACGUUUCUCAUGCUAAGCACCUAGGCCAAAAGCUCGCUUCUAUUCAGGCUUGGUAGGAGCCUGCGGUCCUCUACUGCAAGACAGACCUGAUUUGUAUACGCAAAUCCAGCAUCAGAAACUCCCUUUCGAUAUGGGGAGGGGGGAUUUUUCCUUGUGAUAUGCACCGCCACUUGCCCUCGACCAAGGACCUCGGCUUCAGCUCCGUGGCCGAGUUCGCGAGGCUCCGCCUGCUGAAUGUGUACAUAUCAACUGUAAAAAUGUCUGGGUCUGGAAGAGUCAUGCUGUUUUUACAUGACACAGAAGGUCUGGCAUGGAAGCUCUAGCAUGACAGGUUUCCAGAAGCUUCCGCAAUGCCGAAUCUGCAUGACAAGUCCCCCACUUUGGUGGCAGAAAGCGGGCAGCUUUUGCUGCCCAUGCAUGAGAAAUUUUUCUGUGUUCUGAAAUGCGCGUCACAAGUUUGUAUUUUUCCGGACCCAGACACUUUUGCAUUUGAUAGUACAACCCCGACGACAACUCGCGGCCGAAUAAGCAGCUCACCCUAUCCCAGAGAAAAAAGCUGGCAGGGCAUAUUUGUAAUGCAAAAAUAAAUACACAGAAAAACUUGUCAUGGGUGGCCCCAUAGCAUGCUGUUUCGGAUAUGCAAUGCAGAUUUUUUUGUGUAUUUAUUUUUGCAUUACAAAUAAAAAUAUGCCCUUAGAGCUUUUUUCUGUGUGAUACACCCGAGCGGAAAACCAGCGCGCGGUGCGCAAGUACAAGUCCCACGUUUUGGCCACGGACUUCUCGCGCCAACGCGCGGCGCAGAAGAAAGACGUGCUUCUGAUCGGGCAGGACGGGGACCCCCGGCACCCGGUCGCGUUCUGCAUCCUAUCAAAAUGAAAAAUGCCCCCACCCCCGAACUUGGGAGCAUUUGUAUUGCAAACCUUUCCAAAUAAUGAAACACUCGCCCUCUUGCAUCUAUCAGCGCCACAGGUUUCCAAUGGUGAAUAGCAAAAAUCUGUAUUGCAAAAGACCCCAGCAAGAGCGGCGCUUGUCAUGCAAGCGAGGAUGCGAUACACGACUAGAACAAAAAGUUUUCAUUUGGAAACUUCGCAUCACAAAUUUUUGCAAUUUCCGGGGUGGGGGGCAUUUUUCACCGUAAUACAUCCACUUUCAACUGUACGAGCGGCUGCUCGAAACCAACGAUUACCGGAAGUGGCGGCUCGACUGCGAAGUGCUUGCGCCCGGUAUCGAAAGGAAAAAUCCCCCCUCCCCAUAUCAAAACAGGAUUUCUGAUGCUGGAUUUGUGUACACAAAUCAGCUUUGUAAUGCAGAGAGGCACUGCGGCCAGAUCCCCAGGCUAGGUAGGGGCGUAUGGGUCUAGUUGUUCAGCAUGGCAAACGGCUCCCCCUUAGGCCCAACAGCGUGACAAAUCGCCUCCAUAAUGCGGCGGAAGCUUCUGCCCCUGUCUUCGUGCAAGACAAAUGCGACCUGUGGCCUAAAAUCAGCAACGCAAAUUUUCGGCGACAUACCUUUUCAAUAUGGAGAGGGGGGAUUUUUCCUUUCAAUACCCGGCCCCAAGCACUGGUACCGCAACGGCAAACCGCCCCCCUACGCCGUGCGGCAUAUCAAAUGCAAAAAUGUCUGGGUCUGGAAGAGUGCAGAAGUUUGUCAUGCAGACUUUCCGUGACCGUGACCCAUGAGGUCUGUGAUGCAGGACCUAGCAUGACAGAUUCUGUGCGAUCUCUCUCAUGCAUAUCCUGCAUGAGAAACACCCUCCCGACUUGGUAAAAACUGGACGACUUUUGGUAAUCGUGCAACACAGAUUUAUGCAUGCUUCAGAUUUAGCAUGACAAGUUGCAUUCUUCCAGACCCAGACAUUUUUGCACUUGAUACGGCAGGCCGGGCUGCGAUUUCGCGUGCUGGUGCAGAAGCGGUGGC